AUGGCGCUAUCGAAGCAAGACCCGCGCCUCGCCUUUUAUUGUGAGAGACACGACGAUAUAUCACAACUUGUUCGGCGUUAUAUAUUGUUUUUUUUCUACGAGGAUCAUUCUGUUGAGAUGAGGGAGCUGCCCAAAAAUGUGAUACACCUUAGACGUACUCCAUUCCCACACCUGCGGAAAGAUUGCUUCCGACUUGGUACAGCUCUAACGAUAUUUGGUGGAAUUGUAAAAAUUACCGGCUACGCCGACGAAGUGACGCGGGUGUUGUGUGAAAAGGAAAGCGAGUCUACAGUGAUGCUCUUAGGAGAGUCUUUAUUGCCGCAGCUGGGUCAUUACUUGGCGAUGCUCACGGAGGAGUGUGGUUUCGCUAUCUCAUCAAUGCAAAUGGUGUGGCCACGUGGAGACAUCUUCGAAACGUAUGGUCUGCCUGAAGGACUCACAAAUGGCCGCGUUGUUGUGGCAUGUUGUGUACGUGCUGAUGCUGUUCAAAAAGGUCUGGAUUACAUGAAUCGUGCAACCGGAGCCUUUGCGGCGAGGGAUGAGGAAGAGGCCAAGAAAUGGGCUCAGUUAGUAGAAGAAGUGAGCCGAAAGCCAGUUGCCAUUUUUGAAGAUCCUCACUGUUCCGUUGUUAUUGUUAAACCGCAUGCUGUACGAAGCCGCAAUGCUGGCAGCAUCCUGCAGCUGCUGCUUGAUGCAGGGCUUGAGCCGGCAGCAUUAAGAACUGCAAACCUUUCUUCACGUGUGGUGGAUAUCUUCCUUCAGCCGUACAAGGAUGUGCUUCCAGAUUUUUCUGAAUCGGCUAAAGGCCUGACUGGCCAUGUUUGGGUCAUUCAACUGGUCUCACCGGAAGACGAGGUUGACGUUGUUUCUCUAGUGCGCGAAGUUUGUGGCCCCUUUGAUCCAAUUAUUGCAAAGGAGUUACGCCCCAAGUCUGUACGUGCAAUAUAUGGUGCAGAUCGUGCGAACAAUGCGGUGCAUUGUUGUGACCUACCUGAGGAAGGGGCAAUUUACACGAAUUUCUUUUUUGGUUCAAAAUAUAUAUAG